CUUGAACAAGGGAGGUCGAGCGAGGUCUUGUAUAAACGACGUCAUUUUUCUCUUAGGUUGUGAACUGGCAAAGUUUCGCUCUUCUUUUUUUAGCUGUCCAAUAAAUAAGUAGAAGACACAGAAAAAAGAGAGGGCAUUUUGAUGGAUAAUAGGAGUAACAGAAAGGAGGAAGAAGAAGAAGAAGAAAAUGAAAAUAAAAAUAAGAAUAAAAAUAAGAGAGUAGCAGGAGGAGGAGGAUUAAAAGGAAAAUCAUGUAAAGGAUAUUUGUAUUACUCUUCAAAUCUCAAAUCUAACGGUUCCAAUCCUCGUUGCAUCGGCAUCCCUCGUUCUCUCAAUCAAGUUCCCAAUUACACUGUUGCACAGUCUGAGGUCGAAGCUUCUAAAGAGAAGCGGUCUCUUGUAGAUUUUUAUUAUGCUUGUGCUGGCUACUCAGUAUAUAUCAGUAAAGAUCAUUCUACUGAGAAUCAAGUCACUAAGACACAACUGCCAGUCUGUGUUGGCCUUGAGCUUUUAGUGGAUAGAAGAGUUGGUAGUGCUAAUACUGCAUCUGCGCCGGCUCCUGUUCAUGGUAGAGAAGAUGGCCGAGAACUUCCUCAGUCUCAGCCUCAGACUCAGACUCAGACUCGAGCACAUAAAUCGGCCCAUUCUACAGGAGAUGACUUCCUGAGCAGGUACACGAGGAAUGCAAGUCUGGUUGCAUCCGGGGUGGCCAGAAACAUGCGAAAAGUGGGAAAUUACGUGAAAGACAGUCUGGAUGACAUUUUGUACCCAUACAGAAGACGUCCAAAGUGAGGCUAUUAGUUCUAAAUACCUGAAGGAGACAAACUUGGCUAUAGAUGAAGCAGAGUCAUGCCUCAUGUGCUAUUUAUAUUUGGUAAUGUGAUUUCUCUCCUAACACCACUUUGAUCUCUGCCCCCACUCUCUGUUAUUGAUGGAACAAGGGGGAUAGUGGUACAGGGAGAAAGCUUAUUGUUCUUUUUCCCUAUAUUAAGAUAUUAUGGUUAAUUUUGUCUAUUGAAUUGGUAAUGUUUAGCCAGAUGGAGUAGAAUGGGAUGGCAGAGCUCCUUUUUGUAUUGAUGCAAUAAACUUAUGAUCUUCAAAUAUAUGAUUAUUGUCCAA